UGUAUGAGGGAGGGAGGGAGAGAGAGAGAACAUCAAGUCACCACGAUACGCUCCACCAUCCACAGACCGUGAGCUACGAGUGUCACAAGGAGACUAUAUUUUCUCUGAAAUAAUGGAUGGGACAAAGCCGGCCAUGGAGGCUAACGCGGAGGAGACUCAGGAUGAGGGACAGGAGACCAAAGGAUGCUUCGAGUGCUGCAUCAAAUGUCUGGGCGGGGUGCCUUACGCCUCGCUGGUGGCCACCAUCCUCUGCUUCUCAGGUGUAGCUCUGUUCUCCGGCUGUGGACACGUGGCAUUGACCGGCACCCUGACCAUGGUGGAGAACCACUUCUCCAAGAUCACCAGUGACCACGCCACCCUCGCCACGGUGAUCCAGAUCUUUCAGUACAUCAUCUACGGCAUCGCGUCCUUCUUCUUCGUCUACGCCAUCAUCCUGCUGGCUGAGGGUUUUUACACCACCAGCGCCAUCAAGAAGGAGCUGCAGAGCGACUUCAAGACCACCGUCUGUGGACGCUGCAUCACCGCCUUUUUCAUGUUCCUGACCUACGUCCUCGCUCUGAUCUUCCUCACUAUCUUCGGCUUCACAGCGAUCCCCGUUUUCCUCUUCUUCAACAUGUGGAGCACCUGUGCUGCCAUGAGGAACCCUGACGCCAACGUCACCUCACCAGACUCUAUCUGUGUGGACGUCAGGCAGUACGGUAUUAUUCCCUGGAACGCCACACCGGGAGUAGCUUGUGGAGCCACACUGGGAGAGAUCUGUAACACCAGUGAGUUCUACCUGUCCUACCAUCUCUACAUUGUGGCAUUAGCCGGUGCUGGAGCCACCAUCAUUGCACUGAUCCACUACCUAAUGAUUCUGGCAGCUAACUGGGCCUACCUGAAGAGCGCCAUCUCCACGCACGAGUACCAGGACAUCAAGACCAAGGACGACCAGGACUUAGAGGCUGAGGCGCGCUCCAAGGAGGGCCAGAACUCCUCCUCUUACUCAUAAGGAUAUGAGAUCCUCUUCCGCCGCCACCCACCUCCUCUGCACACCUCAACCCUCACCCCACAACACCAAGCACCCGCCCGUCCCUCCGUUAAAACAAACCACCUCGGUAACGUUAGUCCCCCAUCUCCUGAUUCUCCAUCCUCUUCCCCUCCACAAUGUUUACUAAGAGUUGUGGGCACGCGCUCACACCAGAGGGGAAGAGAAUAGAAGAUCAGGAGAAGCGGCAGGCCCAGACGGAGGCAGAUGCUUCAGAACAGGAGAGCUCGCCCGUCGGGGUCGAGCUCAGGUACGGUACGUCAUUUGAGAAGCGUCUCCUCCCCCGUGCUUUUGGACAGCGGCUCGUGAACGUGGCCCGGCUGUGAUGGCCUCGCGCCCUGAGCCAGCACAGCCUCUUGACACAGCUCCUAACAACCUAAAAAACAUUGUUCACUGCAGCCACAGGGAAGCCAGGCAGCGACCAACUUCCUCCGUUUUUUGGUGUUUUAUAUGCAUAUAUAUAUGACUAUGAAUAUAUUGUGUGAAUGUGUACGAAUGUUGUUGUUUUUUUAAUAAGCUCUGAAAAGUAUGCCAGGUACUAUUAUGAUGUUUCUUCUUCUUCGUUAUGUUUUUGCGCUCAUAAGUUUUCCUUUCCUUUUCUCUCCAUCUUUAACUUUUAUUGCUAAAGCUCAGUAAGUUGUUGCACUAUUUAAGAAACACAAAAAAUAAGGGAGAGUGAAAAUCCCUUCAAAACACAAAGCACCCCAGCUUCCCUCUCUCACAGAAAUUCCUAAACUCCUCCUGUGGUAUCUCAAGGAUUACUGUGCAUUUACAUGAACAGAGUUUAUUUGUCCACCAAGGUGUUAACUGUUCAUUUAAGACCAGAGGUGUAGCAAACCUUAAAGUUUGGGGAAAUAUUUGCUUUCUUGCUAAGAGUUAGACAAGAAGACUGUUAGCACUCUUCUUUCUGUGUAGUAAAUAUGAAGCUACAAACAGGAGACCAACUAAUAAUUGUCCCGUUUGUUUAAUUCACACAAAAUCCAAAGUGUGAAAGAACAACUUGUGUUUUUAUGCUGGGGUUAUAGGCCCUGCUAACCACAACCCCAACUUGUAGUUUUUACACUUUAUGUGUGAAUUAAGCAAACAAAAUGUAUUAAUGAACAAGCUUGGUAGGCUGAUUUUAUUUCUUUUAAACAGAACCAGACUACCAGUUCCCUGCUGUUCUCAGUCUUUAAGCUAAGCUAACUAGCUGCCGCAUCAAACAUGACCGUGCUAACAGUCUUCUUAUCUACAUCUUGGCAAAGAGAGUAGAUAUAUUUCCUAAAAUGUCAACUAUUCCUUUUAAACCCUUUAUGGUUUUGCUACACUCAUCACCAGCGGCAGCAGAAAUCAAAGAUAAAUCUAUCCGGGUCUUUUAACGCAAAAAAAAAAAGACAGACACCUCAGGUAUCACACCAAAUCUGAUUUUAGCUCGCUGUGCUCUCUUCCAGAGCGUCACCAUCUACCCUCAUUGGAUUGGUACACUAUACAGUAAAGUCCAUCAUCUUCUAAACGUUCUCAUCUUGAGGUUCACCUGUAAAUAGCCAAAUAACCCUAAAAGAUCUCGAUUCACACCCUCCCAAAAUGGGGAGAACACAAAUGGCGCGUUUUGACAUGCUCUUGUAUGAUUUUUUUCCACAAAUAUAUGUAAAUGUACCCUUUGAGAUAUGUGUUUAGCACUCAAAUACUAGAUCUGCAUUUGAUAUACUCAUUGUAAUGUAACAUCUUAGAUGAUAUGUGGUGAGAGGGAUACAGUGAUAUGACGAUGGAUUGAGGUGCUUGUGAUGUAUACAUUUUAAAAUAUGAAAAAAAAAUUGAAAUUGAUUUUUAAUGUUUUAUCAGUUUUAGGCAGCUGAGUUCUUCUUGUGAUUCAGUAAUAAUGAUUUUAUGGAACUUGUUUGUGCUUAUUUUUCACUGGCCAGCGACUCAUUGACACACGGGCUGAGGAAAAAGUCACGGUUUUCUUUAUUUUCUUUUUAACGUCAUGCCUCUCAUAUAAGCCACAGAGACUGUUUUGGAUGUUUACACUGAAUAAAACCAGUCAGGAAUUUUCAUACAUUAAUUUUAUAAUCAGAUAUUAUUUAACUAUAUUCUAUAUUGAUCAUCACUGGUUAGUUUACCCUAAAAAAACACUGAAGAUGACCAAUUUUUCAACUUUGAUGAGAAGCAUGUCAGUAUCGUCCAUGUGUGCAGCUGUCUAUUCUGUAUAAAAAAGGACUAUAUUGCCAUGUGUGUUAUGUUUGAUAAAUAUAUGUGCUUUGCCACCAGGUUGAUGUAAAGGCAAACUCCAAUUUCCUAUAAGACGAUGCGUGUCAGGGUGUUGUUGUUUCCUCGUUAUUUGCAUGAAGGAGACAUGGCUGUGUCUUUGCAGUUUUUCAGGUGAUGUGUAGUCAAUUGUACUGACAACUAUGGUAGGCAGUGUUUGCCCCCAACCCCCCACCCACCUACUCUUUUAUGAAGAAAACUCCAUUGUACUUUGAUGGCAUUGUAGUCCCUGUAGGUGUUUCAUUAUGGUUUUAUUUUUUAAGUUGGAAAUAGUUCUAUGACUCCUAUAUAGUGAUGAUUUUUGUAACAUUCUCUAGUAAAACCGAUAUUUUUUAUUAUCGUGA